AAUUAAAUUUGUGCAAUGAAAUCAUGACUACUUUGAACAAGUUAACAAUCUUUCUCUUUAAUCUCUUUCUCUCAAUUUGCCUUUCAUCGUCAUGGACCAACAAUACUCAUGAUCAUGACUUUCUUGAAUGCCUUUCUCACAAAAUUAUGAACUCAAACUCAACAACACAAGUCAUCCACAUUCCUAAAAACUCAUCCUAUUCAACCAUAUUGAAAUCCUUUUCAACUAACCUAAGGAUAACCUCCAACUUCAAACCAUCAAUUAUUUUUACUCCUCUGAAAGAAUCUCAAAUCCAGGCAACUAUACAUUGCUCCAAGAAACAUGACCAACAAAUCAGAAUUCGAAGCGGUGGACAUGAUUAUGAGGGACUUUCAUACGUUUCUGAAAGCCCUUUUAUCGUAAUUGAUCUUAGGAACCUAAGAUCAAUCUCCAUUGACACUGAAAAAAAGACUGCUUGGAUUCAAUCUGGCGCAACCCUAGGGGAAGUAUAUUAUAGGAUUGCGGAAAACAGUAAAAAAUUGGCCUUUGUUUCAGGGAUUUGUCCUACUGUUGGUGUUGGUGGACACUUUAGUGGUGGAGGCUAUAGCAUGAUGUCUCGAAAAUUUGGUAUGGCUGUUGAUCACAUCAUUGAUGCUAAGCUAAUCGAUGCCAAUGGACAAAUCCAAGAUCGAGAAUCAAUGGGUGAGGAUCUCUUUUGGGCUAUUAGAGGAGGUGGAGGGACUAGCUUUGGUCUCAUUAUAUCAUGGAAGGUAAAAUUACUCGAUAUUCCAGAAAAGGUAACCGUGUUCAAUGUUCCACGGACAUUGGAACAAAAUGGAACUCAACUUGUUUACAAAUGGCAACAUAUCGCGGACAAAGUUGAUGACAAUCUUCUCAUCAGGCUCUUCCUGAGGAAUAGUGGAUCUCGAUUUGGGGGUGGGAAAAGAAGUAUCCACGCCUUUUUCACUACAAUGUUCGUUGGAGGAGUGGAUGAACUCCUCCACGAAAUGCAAAAGAGAUUCCCAGAACUAGGAUUGAUGAAAGAAGAUUGCAUUGAGAUGAGUUGGAUCGAAUCUGUACUCUUCUUUGCCAAUUACCCUAGGGGUACAUCACUUGAUGUGUUACUAAAUUGGAAUACUACAACUAAUCAAAUAGGAUUCUUCAAAGGAAAAUCAGACUAUGUCCAACGCCCAAUUUCUAUAAAUGGUAUCAAAGGUAUGUGGAAACAACUCAACCAAUUAGUAGGCGAAAAUUCAUUUUCGGGCGUUGAACUACAGUUUAGUCCUUGCGGAGGAAAGUUGAGUGACAUCUCAGAAUCUGAAACACCUUUCCCUCAUAGAGAUGGAAAUAUAUUUAUGAUUCAUUAUGCAGUGUAUUGGGGGGGAAUGGAAGAUUCUAAAAGAAACAUAGCUUGGAGUCGAAAACUUUAUAAAUACAUGGCUAAGUAUGUGUCAAAAUCUCCUAGAGCUGCUUAUUUCAAUUAUAGAGAUCUUGAUUUGGGAGUGAACAACAAAGGAAUAAACACAAGCUAUGUAAAAGCAAGAAUUUGGGGAGUGAAAUAUUUCAAGAACAACUUUGAUAGAUUGGUGAAAGUGAAGACUAAAAUUGAUCCAACAAAUUUCUUUAGGAAUGAACAAAGCAUUCCUCCUCUAUUAUCUUAAGCUUACAUCUUGUUUGGAUGGUUAUUACGUACAUAUCAUUUUAUACUGUAUCGUAUUAUAUUGUGUCGUAUGAUUUUGAUGAAUAUAAUAUUUGAAUAGAUUGUAUA